AUGACCGAGUCCGAACAAAUAAUACAUUUAUUACGUGGGUUAAAACCAUCCAUACAACACCAUGUUAUUAUUAAUGAUCUCAAGCAAUGUACAGAUUUAUUAGAACAAGCAAAACGAAUGGAAGCCGCGACAACACUCACCCAACCAACAGUCACACCGACCACUGAAACAAUGGAAGAAAGCACCACAGCUGCUCUUCGCCGAACAAACAAUACUCAAAAUUUUCGUCGAGAUGAGUAUUAUAAUCGAAAUUAUCCCCGUUAUUCAAAUUAUGAUCGCCGAUGGCCACAACAACAAAAUUCCGUUACCUAUCAACAGUCUCCAUAUUCAGAUUCAUCUUAA